UCCUGGGCUCCGGCCCGCCUCGCGGACUAUUUAAAGAUUCUCCUCUCCGUACCUCAGUCCUCGAGCCCUGCAGCGAGUCAACACAACCGAAUGACUGUAGAGCGCGAGAAAAGGGAAACUCCUGUCUGUCKGAACGAAAACAAACGGGUUGUAGUGUGCACGCUGUUAAAAUAAACUAGCAACAAUGUCUGGGGAAAUUAUCACCAGAAUUUUCCUUUUUCUACUCAUCGUCUGUUCGACAAUGGCCCAGGACUGUUCYGAUCCCUGUGACUGCCCGUCGGACCCCCCUCCAUGCCCGUUUGGUACCAGCCUGGUUCUGGAUGGCUGUGGUUGCUGUAAGGUGUGUGCCAGGCAAGCCGGCGAGCCCUGUACCUUCCUGGAGCCGUGUGACCACCAUAAGGGGCUUUACUGUGAUUAUGCMRUGCUGAGUGACACUGAGCACGGCAUCUGCAUGGCAUUCUUCUUGCUUCCACAGAGGGGGAAGAAGUGUGUACGGACCCCCAAGUCCCUGCGCGGCAUGCGUUUCCAGCUGUCAGGCUGCAGCAGCAGCAGGAUCUACAAGCCCAAGUUCUGUGGUGUGUGUACGGACGGGCGCUGCUGCACCCCUCACACCACCGUCACCGCCGAGGUGGAGUUCCACUGUCCCGAGGGAGACACYUUCAGACGCAAGAUGAUGUUCAUCAAGACGUGCUCCUGUCACCACGACUGUCCACGAGACAAUGACAUCUUCCUGGCCUCGCACACACGCAGAAUGAUUGGGGACUAUGACAACGAUAUGUAAACAUCAUGGCUGCCAAUCAAACUGACAAGCACAUAAACACAUCAGCCCAUAUACACACACACACAUACACACACUGAUAAAACUACUUCACAUCGCUCUCACACACACAUAGGCAGCUUUUUGAAUUCCUGGACCCUUGUCUCUACCUUACUACCCAUAGACAUGUCUACCUAGUAGUGAGACUGAAAACAAGUAUGUGAGUUCAAGCAUGAGAUUGACUCUUUAGGUUUUUCUUUUGCUACUUUUUUUUUUAUUGUUGUUUUGUUUGGGUUUUUAACGCGCAGCUCUAAAGUCACCUGGCUCUUUGACUCGUCUGCCUGUAUGUCUACAGAGAUACUAUAGGGUGGAUCUGACGCACUGAGGAAUCAAUGGUAGAGAGACGUAGCACAUCACUUAGGAAGGUAUAUAGUUAUAUUCACUGCUAAAGGGUUAUAGGAGCAUGACAUGGUAGUGUACAGAUGAGCAGUAGGUACUUACUCAACCAAACGUCACAUUUUGACAUAAAAUGUUAGAAUAUGACAUUUAAAAAA